AUGACUGCCGAUGAUUUCCACCUAUCUGCUUACAUUAUGUUCAAGGACGUAAAUUCAAUCUUCUCUCUCACUACAUCGAAUUUAAUCAAGACCAACAUGGCCUUUAGCAAUCUCUUUCUGCUGUCGGUUGUCGUGUUGGUUGGAAGCUUACUCAUCAUUGGGUACUGCGUCUAUGAGCGAAUAUACACGGAAUGGCCCUGGCCUGGAUUUCCAGUGGCUGUGCUGCCUGGCAAAGGCCGCAAGCCGAAAGAGAGCUACAUGGAAUCUGCCAGCAGGACUAUCGCCACUGGUCUCGAGACGUUCUCGGGCCCUUUCCAGAUAAUAACCAGCACCGGACCCAAGAUCGUGCUGCCUCACAAGUACGCCGAUGAAAUCCGAAACCGUCCAGAGCUGGACUUCAAUGAAGCGUUCCGCAAAGACUUUUUUGCCCACUACCCUGGGUUCGACGGCUUCAAGGCCAGUUUGGACAACCCCUUCUUGAUUCCUCAGACACUGCGCUUGAAGCUGACGCCAAGCAUGGGACUCGUUGCGCUACACCUUGUGGACGAGGCGACUGAUGCUCUGCAUGAGAUAUACGGAGACGAUCCGAACUGGCGCUCGGUCGCCUUCAAGCAACACAACCUCGACCUCAUAGCACGUCUUUCCUCGCGGGUGUUCCUGGGGAAACCGAUCUGCCGCGAUAGGCAGUGGCUUGAAAUCGCCAAAAGCCACACUGUUCACUCCUUCUUGGCGGCUCGGGACCUGAGAGCUCAGCCUUUCUUCCUGCGACGCAUCAUGCACAGGUUCAUGCCACACAACGUUGCCAUCCAACGUCACUACACCGACGCCAGCAGGAUCAUCAGCACCGAGGUUGAAAGGAGAAGACGACGAGCCGAGCAGCUUUUGUCUGAGGGCAAAAAGCCACCGCGGGUUUCCGAUGCGAUUGGGUGGAUGGUCGAAGUGGCCAAUGGGCAAAAGGUCGAUUACGUGGCCGCUCAGCUCUCCCUCACCGUUUCUUCCAUCCAUGCCACGACCGAGGCGCUCACCGUGGUUCUCUUGAACGUCGCCAGCUAUCCGGAAAUCAAAAAAGAACUGCGGGAGGAAGUGAUCCAAGUUAUUGGCGAGGGCGGUUGGAGCAAGCAGGCGCUUUACAACAUGAAGCUCAUGGAUAGCUUCUUGAAGGAGUCCCAGCGAUUUCAACCCGUGGCGAUGGUAAGAUGGCUUGUGCGGGACAGGCCGAGACUUGGUGCUAGCUACCCGCUGACCUGUCAUCCAGUAACCCUGAACCGGAAGGUGAUGCAGAACAUUACCCUUGCGGACGGAACCCGCCUCCCAAAGGGUGCCAUCAUUAUGGUGGAGUCGGUACUCCGAGACCCAGAAAUCUACGAAAAGCCGCACGAGUUCGACCCGCGACGGUUUCUGCGACUUCGUGACAAGAGCUCCAACAACGCAAAUCAAUAUGUUUCCACGUCCAACGAGAUGUUUGCCUUUGGGCAUGGGAAGCACGCUUGUCCGGGGCGGUUCCUUGCCAGCAGCGAACUCAAAGUCGCCUUGGCCCACAUGCUCCUCAAGUACGACUGGGAAUUGGACGAAACCGACACGAUGCCAAAGUUCUUUGACAAUGAGACGGCACACAUGACCAGCCCCACGGUUAAGCUCAGGAUCAGGAGAAGAAGGGAGGAGAUCAAUCUUGACCUGGAUGAAGACGUGAAUCUGUCGGAUAUUGAAGACGAGGGGGGUGCAACUUUCCCAUCCUCUCCCUUUACCAUGGUCAAGUUCGGCCCGCUCCAUCCUGUCCUGCCUGCAGUGGCUCGAGUGCUGGCAGUAAGCGUCUCGGUCCCCUCGCCAAGAGAUCUUUUCGACGACCCGUGCAUCACUUUUCGCUUACCCCCUCGGGCAGUCAACGCGACAUAUCUUGAUGAAGCCUCGGUGGAGAGGCCCUGGGCUCAGCCACCCUUCGGCUUUGGUUAUGGAAAAUGGGCUCUCGCGUGGACGAGUAUAGAAGAGUACUGGGGCUGGUCCAACAUGCAGAACGAAUGGUACCCGGUACAAAGCACAGUUGGCGGCCACCAGGUCUCCGACAUCAGGGCGAUGGUCAUCGCCGACCUCAACUCGUUUCAGCUGGGGAGCAACGACACCGUGAUCGAGACGCAGGGAUUCGACGUACCGCUGGCGGGGGAGACGCACGCGUGGAACUACACGAUCCCCGCCCUCGAGGCGCACGACGACACGGCUUGGACGGGAUGGGGAUACGACUUCCACGCGCAGGGGGCACCUUACUUUGUGAGCUACGACGCCACGACCACGGGCGUCAAGAACGUGUCGCACGGCGUCUCCGUCUACAGCGCUCGCGAGGGGGGUCCCACCCAGGAGUCGGUGGACGAGGCCGCUGCAUGUUACGACCGCCUCGGCAGCAAGACCUUUGCCGCCCUGUUCCGCUCGAUGCGCCGCACGCCCACCGACGGCCGUCGCACCCGCGAGCUGUCGUGGCAUGGCGGCGAUGCGAACGUGUCGGUUGCUUUGAUUUGGACACACAUUGCCGUCUGA